GUGUAAACUAACUCCCCACCCAUUCUCUUUGCUUUGUUCCCACACAUAAAUCCCCAUCAUGUAAUCUUCUCUCUCGACCAAAAAGUAAGCAACAGAAAAAGGAGAAAGAAGAAGAAUUAUCAUUGUUCAUCUGCAUGAAAGAAACACCCACCAAAAUGGAUCCCCAAGACUCAGCUGUUUUCGGUCUCCAUACUCCUUCACAGCCAUUGGAGUCCAAUAUGAAGGAAAGCCAGCGCUCCGAUGAGUUACAUGACACUGAUCAAGAACAACAAAGCCGCCCCACUGACAAAAAGAAUAAUACGCAAAGCUCAGCCUCAAGAACCCGUAGGUGUGAGGGAGACGGAGCUGCAUUAUUAUUGGCAGGCCUGCCAGCUUCACGUAGUGCAGAAGAUGUUGGAAAAGAACCAGCUCAUGUGGCCUCGGACGUUAUGACGGAGGACAGUGGACGUGAGAGGCUGAAGAGACAUAGGGUCGAGGUGGCUGGUCGGGUUUGGAUUCCGGAUAUAUGGGGACAGGAGGAGCUCUUGAAGGACUGGAUAGAUUGUUCUGCAUUCGAUACUUCGCUAGUCCCCGCUGGUAUCAUGCAGGCUCGAGCCGCUUUGGUUGACGAGGGAAGGAGAGCAAAUUCUAGUGGAUUGAGAAUAGAAAACAGGUGUUGAAUUUUAAUUUUAUUUUCGUUUGUAUGAUAUUUUUCCAUUGUUUUAAUCACGAUAAUGCACUUACUUGAUCUAAACCUAGUAGAUAUUUUGAAGAGAAUAUAUUUGAUUGA